UACCAACGUCACAAACAUACUUGACAACGUUGGUGAUUCCUUCAAUACUACACGGAAGAAUCGAAUGGCUUGAAAUGGAUUCAAAGUUGUACAAAAGUAUUACGGAAUGCGAUGCCAGGGCAGUCUGGCCUAUGGUUAGAAAUAUUGUGGCAGCUCAACUUAUGGGACCUGGAGUAAUUCCUAUACCGUAUUUGAUGGAUGCACAGUAUUACGAUCAUGGUUCUAUAAUAGUCAAAGAAUCACUUUCUAAAAUGGAAAGACUGAAAGGUGUAAGACCCGGAAUUAUAACAAUUGGAAGGCUUAAAGAUUUUAUUGACGACCCAAAAGAUACAAAUCUCAAGGAAUGGCCCAAAACAAAGAAGGCCUCAGAUCGAAUGAAUCCAACGUUUACAUUCGAGGAGACAGCUUUAAAAAAUAAGCUACGUAAAACUGUGACAGUUGAGAUAGAUGCAUGUGAACGAUACACCAUGGAGAACAUCCCUGGAGAGGAUGAUGUCACGGUUGGAUUGGAUGAAAGAGGAUUUCAGUAUGUAAACAAGAUAUAUCUGGUAUACGAGGUAUGCUAUGCAGACAAAAUAGCAGUGACCGUCGGAAUAGGUAAUGAAACGGACAGAGUAGAAAUAGAUCAACGAGUUCCUAUUGGUUUCAAAAUGCGAAAAUACAAACUUAAAGAAAAUGGCGCACUCGGAAAGCCUAAAGACCAACCAAAUAAGUCGAAGUUUCAAUGGAUAAAACGAGCCCACUUUCGGAAUCCAAUGGACGAUUUACCUGAUAUACCCGAUGAGUGAUCAUUUUUUUUUUGUAAAAGAUAUAUAUUAGAUUCAAAUGAUUAAUGAUUUGUAUCUGACUUUUUUUCUUGUAUGCUUUUAUGUCUUAGCAAAUUAAAGUUACCUGAGCAUGCUGUUACGCAAACUCUAUUUUUCCAUAACUCAUUCUUCUUAAUGUUAAUUUAUCUGUUUUAUCCAUACUUUUGUAUAUAAUAAUAAAUUGUAAUUACCAAAUAAAUGAAUACGCAAUA